AUGGAAAUUCUGGAAAAAGCCAGGCUCUAUUUCACAAGAAAGACUCUACCAUCUUUGGAAGAAAGGAAGAAAUAUGACGAUGAGUUUGCAACUUCCACCUCCUUCCAUGGGGUGCACAAUAUUAUUCAUACCAAGAGCAAGACACGCAAGAUCUUAUGGAUGGUAGUAGUCUUGGGCUCCAUUGUCCUAGUUGCCUGGCAGGUUUAUUGCCGUUUCAUCAAUUAUUUCAGUUGGCCCACGACAACCUCAGUCGUAGUUCAAUAUGUGGAGAAGAUUGAAUUUCCUGCUGUAACGUUUUGUAAUCUGAACAGGUUCCAAACUCAAGCAGUAACUAACCUGAGCAUCGUUUUCUUCUUGUGGAGCAUAGUGUCAGGAGUUCUUCGUAUGUUCAGUAUUGAUGAUAAGUUUAGUCAAGAACUACAAGAUUUUUUUCAAGGGAAUCAAAAUUUCAGCAUCAAAGAAUUUACAAGAGCUAAUGGUUUUUAUCUCAACAGCAGCACGCUGCUGAAUUGUGAAUUUUUUGGGAAAAAAUGCCACCCAAAGGACUUUGCACAUGUCUUUACUGAAUAUGGGAACUGCUUUACUUUUAAUCAUAUUAACCUUCCUACAAGAAGAAGAGUUAGCCUUUCUGGAAGAGGCCUCAGUUUGAUUUUUGAUGUCAAACAGGGUCAAUUCACUGAUGAUCCUAAUCUUGGUUUUGUUGAUGCUGGCAUAACCUUUGCUAUCCACUCACCUAAAGAACCUCCCCGAUUUGAUGGUUUAGGUGUCUUUACACCAGUGGGGAUGCAUGCCCAUGCUGCAAUCCAACAGGUAAAAACAAUUAUCCAAGAAUACCCUUGGGGAGAAUGCAACCCAAACAUUAAGCUUCAGCAUCAUCAAAUCUACAGCACAUACGGAUGUCUGCAAGAAUGCAAGGGCCACCUUAUACAAAAGCACUGUGGAUGUUUACCUUUUUUGCUGCCAGGAAAUGGCACAGAAUGUGACUUGGAGAAAUUUUACAACUGUGUUUCUCCUACUUUGUAUAAAAUAGAAUUCAUGGGAUUGUGUACUGUAGGAACUCAUAAUUCCACAUGUCCAGUACCAUGUGAAGAAACAGAUUACCCAGUCACCAUCUCAUAUUCUACUUUUGCAAAUGAACAAGCCCUGAAAUUCCUAUCUGCAAAGCUGAAGAAAAGAACAGAAUAUGCCAGGCAUAAUCUUGUAUAUAUUGACAUUAAAUACCACAAUUUGAAUUACAAAAUGACCCAGCAGCAGAAGGCACUGAGCGUAUCAGAACUGUUAGCUGAUAUUGGUGGUCAACUGGGCUUAUUUUGUGGAGCCAGUAUGAUUACCAUCAUUGAAAUUGUCGAAUAUGUGUUCACCAACUUCUAUUGGAUGUGUAUUUUUCUUCUACUAAAAGCACCAAAACUGCCUGAUUGGAACACUUCAAAUCAGAAUGAAGAAAUACACAAAAGAAGAGUACAAGAAUGCUAAUAUCUUGCAUAAAACAAAUCAAAAGGGGUGAAGACACCCCUAGUCCUUUCUGUGUA